UUUAAUGAGCUGCUUCUCCUCUGCUUCUCCUCCUCCUCCUAAAUGGAGUAUAUAUAGAAACCUGCAAAAACUUCCUUCCCCAUUUCCAUAGUCCAUACACGGAGAGCAGAGGCAGCGCAUACACGGUUGCUCAUAAAUUUCUAUGUCUCUCUCUGGGACCGAGUGAAGAAAAAGUAAAAGGAAAACCGCGUUUUCUUGAAAAACUCUAGCAUACAUAUACAUAUCAAUUUCAUCCUUCACGUUUUGACCAUUCUUUGAUUUUUAUUCAAGAAAACACACCCGCUCCUUGCUUGUUCUCUUCAAAAAAGCCUAGCCCAGAUGGUUCAUUUCCGGUUACACGCCGGCGUUUUAUUCUUCACCGUUGUUGUUCUUUUCCCUUUACUUUGCUCCGGGAUUCGUUCAAUACCGUCGAGGGAGGGGAAUAGCGGUGCAGUUGAAGUGCUCAACGGGUUUCGAUUCGCUGAAGCGCCGGAGUAUCGUAACGGGAGAGACUGUCCUGUUUUAACAAGCAAUGGCCGGUUAGUCUCCUCCUGCGACCCUUCUUUAGUUCACAUAGCCAUGACUCUUGAUUCUGAGUAUCUACGAGGCUCAAUCGCUGCCGUCCACUCGGUCCUCAAACACGCUUCCUGCCCAGAAAGCAUCUUCUUUCACUUCAUUGCGGCAGAGUUCGACCCAGCAAGCCCGCGGGUCCUUUCCCAACUGGUGCGAUCCACUUUUCCAUCGCUGAAUUUCAAGGUCUAUAUAUUCAGAGAAGACACAGUAAUCAAUCUAAUCUCUUCUUCCAUCCGGCAAGCACUAGAAAACCCAUUAAACUACGCAAGAAACUAUCUGGGUGACAUGCUGGAUCUCUGCGUGGAUCGGGUCAUUUAUCUGGACUCUGAUGUCGUAGUUGUCGACGACAUACACAAGUUGUGGACCACAACGCUUAGUGGGGCUCGGGUGAUAGGGGCACCCGAGUAUUGCCACACAAAUCUCACCAAGUAUUUCACGGACGUGUUCUGGUCCGACCCGGUGAUGUCAGGGACGUUCACCUCGGCGAGGAGGAAGCCGUGUUACUUCAAUACUGGGGUGAUGGUGAUGGACUUGGUGAGGUGGAGAGAAGGGAAUUACAGGGGGAGGAUAGAGAAGUGGAUGGAGGUGCAAAGAAAGACAAGGAUAUACGAGUUGGGUUCACUGCCGCCGUUUUUGCUAGUGUUUGCCGGGGAUGUGGAGGCAAUGGAUCAUCGGUGGAACCAACAUGGGCUUGGCGGGGAUAACGUGAGAGGGACUUGCAGGUCAUUGCAUCCCGGUCCAGUCAGUUUGUUGCAUUGGAGUGGGAAAGGGAAGCCCUGGGUGAGACUUGAUGCUAAAAGACCAUGCAAGGUUGAUCAUCUGUGGGAGCCUUAUGAUUUGUUCAUCAGAAAUAAUAAAGGUCAUUCCUAUUCUCGCAAUGAUCAUCACCAGUCUUCAGGAUUUUUCACAGGCUCCAGUUACUUGUGACGGGUCAAGGGAAACAGGGGCGGGUUCGUUCUUUCUCAAUAUUUUUUUUAUUUUUCUGGGGGGUUUACUCACCUCCACAAAUUUUGAAGAAAUUCUAUUCUUUGAUAUACUUUUUGUGUACAGAUUAAAAGGUUGGAGUUGGGAUUGAGAUGGUUUGGGGGUUCGAUUCUUUUAUGUUAAUCUGUGAUAUUCUUUCCAUGUAGGAUUUCAAUUCAAUGUUUCCCGGGUUCCAGUGCUUAGAACAUUUUUGUUGGAUUUCAUUUUUUGUAUGUAAUUUAGCUAUUGAGAGAGGAAUAACAUACAGUUCAUUUUUUUCUUCAA